CUCGCCCCGCAGCCCAUACCUGAAUCUGCACUUCUAUCAGGUCCACUUGAACCUACCAAUGAGUGGUACGCUAUUGCGAAGAUCGCCGGCAUCAAAAUGUGUCAGGCUUAUCGAAUCCAAUACUCAUGGGAUGCUAUCUCUGCAAUGCCCACUAAUCUGUAUGGACCUAAUGAUAACUUUCAUCCUGAGAACUCUCAUGUUUUACCAGCUUUAAUUCGUCGAUUCCAUGAGGCUAAGUCCAGUGGGGCGAAAGAGGUGGUGGUAUGGGGAACCGGUUCGCCAUUAAGGGAGUUUCUGCAUGUAGAUGAUCUUGCUGAUGCAGUGGUUUUCUUAAUGGAUCGAUAUUCCGGGCUUAGUCAUGUCAAUGUGGGGAGUGGGAGAGAGGUGAGCAUAAAGGAGCUGGCUGAGUUGGUG